UUUUGGGGGCUAUUAGCCUCACUUCACAAGGUGAGGUGGGAGCUGCUGCAAGGACCUGCUUUGGCUGAUAGAUUUACAACUACUUUGCUUUAGGAAAUGCUGCUUUGUCUCUUAGGCAAAGCACUUUGUAUGGGAGGGGGGUUAAAGGGCCGUGCCAGGUCUGCCAGUGGUGCUGGGUGGUGAGGGGGACUAGAAGGGACAAGAACACCUGGGCAGGGUGACCCCCUGCAUACCUGGAUUUCAGCAGGAGGAAUCCAACACUGAGAGCUGACCUGGUCUGAGGUGAGAAUGGGGAAAAGCUCCUGGUCUCCCCCAGGACACCCACAACAGCCAGCACAGAAUGAUUUUGUCAGAGAUGAGCCCCAGAUUUGCUUCCCAAGCAGUCACAGCAGGAGUGACUCAGUGCUCUCCAGUGUCCCAACACUGCUGUGGCUCUGCCUUCUCCCUGCCCCACUGCACUCCUGUCCCAGCUCCUGCCACUCCAGGUGCAAGGGAUUGUUCCAAGACCAUCUCUGUCUUGGGCUGCAAAGAUAAACCUCCUGUGCUUCAUUCCAGACCUGACCUAGCUCCCUAGCUGAGAGACAUCUGCCAGGGACCUGGUCCUGGCAUCAUCCCACCCUGCCCAGCUGCCCCACAGAGACCACAGGUGAGCCUGGGGCUUCCUCAGCCUCCCUGGGCUGCCAUGGAGCCCUCGUGGCCUGUCCCAGCCAGCAGGACAGGACCUUCACCAAGUGAAGGGACACACAGCAUAGAGCCAGGAGAGCUGGAAUCUUUUCUCCCUACAAAAACCUCCUUCAGUUCCCAGGGUGAGGCCCCAUGACAGGGGAAGCUGUCCCUAUAUCCCACAGCCCUAAGCACUGGCAGCACCUUCUGAGUGUGGGCUCUUGCAGCCUCCAGUAGCAGUUGGUAUGAGAUCCAAAGGGCUUUCCCCAGUGCAGCACUAAGCACCAGUGUGGAGUCCACCUGGGCAGUGUCCCCUGCCCUGGCAGUCUGAGGAAACGUUUCCAAAACAUCUCCUGGUAGUUCUUUUAUUUAAUGAGGAGAGUGGGAGGAAGAACACCUCCUCUUCCCCCUCUUCGUCGGUCACUUGUUCCCUUGUGCGUGUCCUGGCAGGGUACAGCCCCACACCUGUCCCACGUCCCUGCUGGUGACUGCUGGGCUCAUCGCUGCCUGCUGUCAUUCCCGGCUGGGGCCGCUGUUCCCGGCUCCAAGACCCGCUGCUCUCUCCAGCCCCGUACCCGUGUACCCUGCCCCUCAGGGCGGGCAGGAGCUGGCUCGGCACGGCUCCAGCCCGGCUGUGGGAGCCGUGCCAAACGCCGGCAGGCAGCCGGGGGCAGUUCUGGCACAGGAGCGCUGCCAGAGCCCCGCGGGACUCAGCCCGUGGGGCAGCCGGGAUGGGCAGGGUUUGCACCCCGCUCUGCCCCGGCUGCCAGGGGACACGCUCGGCCUUCGGAGCCAGUACUCUCCUCCCAUCCUCACUGUGCUGCGGGGUUUGUGUGUCUGAGCACAGUUCAACUUCUCCUCCCCAAUUCUAAGGAAUUUCCAAGCAAGGCUUUGGCCAAGCUGUCGGCCACAUCCCGGCUCUUCGGGGGCAACCCACGGCUUGCGAAUAUCCCUAUCCGUGUGUCCCGGCUCCGGGAGGGGCCGUGCCCGGUUCCCGGGGCUGCCCCGGGUCCGUGCCCGAGCAGGCACCGCAGCCCCGGAGCCGCCGGCGGUGACGGACCCGGCCCGGGGACAGCAUCGCCCUUCGCCCGGGCCUGCCCCGAGCUCAGAGCAAGGCCGGCACCUUCUCCACCAGGCUGCCUUUGGGACCGGCCCGGAGCCAAGGGGAAUUCAGGACGGCUUCUGCCUCUCAAGUGGCUCUUGCCCAGGCAGAGGAUUUGUGUUGCUGAGUUCUGGACAAACAAGUUUUCACCCCUUAGGCAAAAUACAGACUCUUGCAACCUGGGGAGAUGCUUUUCCCUGGAACUUGGUGUAAUUAAAGAAAGUAACAACACAGGGAUUUCUUCAAAGGCUGAAUUCUUGCUCACACGCCAAGGAAAACAAGCUGGUUGAUCUCUGAAAUGCUGCUGCCUGCUAUCAUCUGUGGCAGCACAGAGAAUGUGCACUUGAACUCAGAGAUGUUGCAGAAGUGUGGGAACAGCCCCAGCCUUCCCAGACCACAGGUUUUCUCUGGUCAUGUUCAUACAGGUGGAAAAAGAUGAGUUUCUGUAAAUGCCAGCUCAAGGAGACAGCACCCAGUGUGACAGCAGUGACGUAGAUGUAAUGGAAAAAUGGAUGCUGGGUUCUAAAUGAUCUUAAGUUGGAACAGCCAAAACUGCCUCUCUUUAACUCAAGAGUGAUGAUGGGAAAAUGGAAAUUUGAAACAUUUCCAGAUAUUAAGUGCUUUUGCAUUUAUUUUUGGCCAAUGAGAAGUUCAGCUUGCCUGUGGGGGUUGUGUUCUGC